UGGGAGCAUGUCAAGAAGGAGGAGGAGGAGGAGGCGGAGGCGGAGUGUGAUGGCGGUGGACCUGACGACGGGGCUGUCAAGACGGCCGGGGGGGGCGACCCAUGGGACUGCAGCGACGGAGAUAGCGGGGAGGAGGAGGAGGAGGAGGAGGAGGAGGAGGAGGAGGAGGAGGAGGAGGAGGAGGAGGAGGAGGAGGAGGAGGAGGAGGAGGAGGAGGAGGAGGAGGAGGAGGAGGAGGAGUAGGACGAGGCGCAGGAGGACAAGGAGGAGUAGGACGAUGCGGAGGGCUAGGAGGAGGACUAGGAGGGGAAGGAGGAGGAGAGCAGGCGAUUGAGUGGGACCAAGAGGAGGAUUAUGAUA